CGGUGGCGGAGGGAGAGCGGGCGGAGGAAAAGGCAGUGGUUGUGCUUCACCUUCUGAAACAAACAGGAAGCAAGACCGCCCUCUUGUCCACCUGCGACAUCUGCGCCCUGCGUCGAGAGAGCGCGGCGCCGUGGGCCGUUUGCAUGUGAAACUACCCUGUUGUGAAGACAUAGCAGCACUGCUAACUCCCAGCUGUUUGUUUGUCCGGUAAAUUCUUCAAACGACCUCACACUGUAGACCGACUGAAGAUGCAGUGUCCCAGCUGCUAUCCACACACCCCCAGCAAGGAGCAGAGGCACAGGAAAUAAGAAACUUUAGGAAACAGCAGGUCCUUAUGGUUGAGGUGGUGUGUGGUGCCCCUUGCCAUGCCUCCUGCCAUGACAGACCUCCUGGACAUAUGGGCGGCCCACUCGCCCCUGGCUGGCCAUGCUCUGGACCAGAUCACUGUGGAUUUUCUGCUACCCACUGGUAUCUACAUCCAGAUGGACGUCCCACGCGAGGCCACCAUUCAGCACAUCAAACUGCUCUUAUGGAAGCAGGCUCAGUCGUUUCCACUUUUUUCCGCUCUGGGCGAGAUGGAGAGCCACAUGUUCGAGUGUGUCAACCAGGCGGCUGUGCACGAAGAACUAGAGGAUGAAACUCGCAGGCUGUGUGACGUCCGCCCUUUCCUGCCGGUCCUCAAGCUGGUGACACGCAACUGUGGUCGAGCAGAGCGCCUGCUGGACUCCAAAAUCGGCGUGCUCAUUGGCAAGGGUCUCCAUGAACUUGAUGCCAUAAAUGACCAGGAAGUGAAGGACUUUCGCAGUAAGAUGUUACGUAUGAGCGAAGAAAGGAUGCAAAGAGUCCAGAUGAUGUCAUGCAUGGAGUGGCUGCAGGCCUGCUUCUCCCCGCAGCUGGAGCCCACCGCAGGAAUGGCCAUCACUGAUGGGCUCAAUGACCGGCUGGCCGACCUGAAAGUCAUUAUUCACUUCAACCAGUCUCCAGAUUCAGCCAGUCUGAAGGUGCCAUCAUCCUACACUCCUGCUGAGCUGAUGGAGUUAGCCGUGAGGAAAUGGCUUACCACCCAUGGUCCCGAGGAGGAAGCGUGGAGGGGUCAGUAUGUACUGAGGGUCAGCCAGUGCCUGGAGUUUCUCUGUGGAGACCACCCGCUGAUUCAGUACAAGUACAUUCGCACAUGCAUGCAAGCUAAAGAGCCUCCUCACCUCACCCUGGUCCACACCAGCACCAUCAAGGCCAUGUUCGACAAGGAAAUCUGUGUCAUCGGUGCUGUGGUUAGCCGCAAGUCAUCCAACCCACCUUUGCCGCUACCUCCCAAGCGAAGGGUGCCUACGCAAGUACAGACGUGUGUGUGGGACGUGUCUAGCCCAUUCAGGAUAGUCCUUGUGAAAGGCAGCAAGGUGAACGCAGAGGAGACUGCCAAGGUCCAGGUGAGGGCAGGACUCUUCCACGGUACAGAGCUGCUGUGCAAGCCAGCAGUGAGCAGCGAGAGCAGCGGACGCUCAGAACACACGUGGAAAGAUAACACGCUGGAGUUUGACCUCCCCGUCUGUGACCUGCCACGUAUGACCCGCCUCUGCUUUGCCAUAUAUGCUGUCAUGGACAAGGUCAAGAAGCAAAAAUCCACCAAAAAUGCCCACAUAAACAAGUACCAGACCAUCCGCAAAGCAGGGAAAGUGCACUACCCCAUAGCUUGGGUCAACACCAUGGUGUUUGACUACAAAGGCCAACUGAAGACUGGAGAUAUCAUCCUGCACUGUUGGUCUUCCUUUCCUGAUGAACUUGAAGAGAUGCUGAACCCCAUAGGAACUGUUCAGACCAACCCGUACACUGAGAACGCUACAGCACUGCACAUCCACUUCCCAGAGUACUCAUCACACCCCAUUGUCUUCCCUCCCUUUGACAAGAUACUGGAAAAAGCAGCAGAGAUUGCCGGAGCAAGUGACUGCGCAUCCAUGGGUCGUGGGGGUAAGAAGUUCCACAUAGAGCUGAAGGAGAUCAUGGAGCGUGAUGCACUCUCUCAGCUAUGUGAAAACGAGAAGGAUUUGAUAUGGACACUACGCUAUGACUGUAGAGAGAAUUUUCCUCAGUCAUUGCCCAAGCUGCUACUCUCUGUCAAGUGGAGCAAACAUGAGGACAUGGCCCAGCUCCAGGCACUGCUUCAGAUCUGGCCCAAACUGUGUCCCAGGGAUGCUCUGGAGCUUCUGGACUUCAACUACCCUGACCAGUAUGUCAGAGAAUAUGCUGUGAGAUGUCUGCGUGAUAUGAGUAAUGAGGAGCUGUCACAGUACUUGCUACAGUUGGUGCAGGUGUUGCGUUAUGAGCCCUACUAUGACUGCGCCCUCACCCACUUCCUGCUGGAGCGCGCCCAGGAGAACCGCAAGAUAGGACACUUCCUCUUCUGGCACUUACGGUCAGAGAUCCACAUGCCAGCUGUUUCAGUCCAGUUUGCCCUCAUCCUGGAAGCUUAUUGCAGAGGCACCAUUCCUCAUAUUGAGGUCCUAAAAAAACAGGUCGAGGCUCUGAGUAAGUUGAAAUCAGUGAAUGAGCUCAUUAAGCUGGGAACCAUCAAGAAUGCUCGAAGUAAGACCAAGGAGGCAAUGCUGACCAAGGAGGCCAUGAUGACCUGUCUGAGGCAGAGUGGCUACUCAGAGACCCUGUCAGACCUGCACUCUCCCCUAAACCCCUAUGUCCUGCUGUCUGGCAUCAAUGUGGAGAAGUGUCGGUACAUGGACUCUAAGAUGAAGCCGCUCUGGAUUGUUUACAACAACAAGCUGCUGGGGGGAGACACCCUGGGAAUCAUCUUCAAGAAUGGAGAUGAUCUAAGACAAGACAUGUUGACCCUCCAGAUUCUGAGGUUAAUGGAUCGGUUGUGGAAAGAGGCUAAUCUGGACCUCAGGAUUGUACCAUAUGGUUGCCUAGCAACAGGUGACCGGGCAGGUCUGAUUGAGGUGGUCUCAUCAGCAGACACAAUUGCCAACAUCCAACUGACCAGCAGCAAUGUGGCAGCAGCUGCCGCCUUCAACAAGGAUGCCUUGCUCAACUGGCUCAAAGAGAGGAAUUCUGGUGACGCUCUUGAUCGAGCCAUCGAGGAGUUCACUCUGUCAUGUGCAGGCUACUGUGUAGCCACCUACGUCCUGGGCAUCGGAGACCGUCACAGUGACAACAUCAUGGUCCGCAGCACCGGACAGCUCUUCCACAUAGACUUCGGCCACAUCCUCGGCAACUUCAAAUCCAAAUUCGGCAUCAAGAGGGAGCGUGUACCUUUUAUCCUCACACACGACUUCAUCCAUGUCAUACAGCAGGGCAAGACGGGAUACACAGAAAAAUUUGGCAGUUUCCGUCAGUACUGUGAGGAAGCCUAUCUAAUCUUGAGGAAGAAUGGGAACCUCUUCAUCACACUGUUUGCCCUCAUGCUGACUGCUGGACUGCCUGAGCUCACCUCAGUCAAAGACAUCCAAUACUUAAAGGACUCUCUGGCUCUGGGUAAAACGGAUGAGGAGGCACUGAAGCAGUUCCGCCAGAAGUUUGACGAGGCCCUGAGAGAGAGCUGGACAACCAAAGUCAACUGGAUGGCCCAUAAUGUGGCCAAAGACAACCGCUCCUAGAGUAUCUGAGACCCCACCAAGGCCAGGGGCUUAGGGGCCAAGAGUACACAGUGAAAGGAGCAUGCGAGUGCUUGGCAGGGGAAAGGGUUGCCAAGGAUACGGGCUGACAGCCACCCUGGUUUAAAGAAGGGAAUCUAUCAGAGUAUCCCAAACAUGAGCAGAUUCAGCGCCAUAUACUGUACACACAGAGUAAACUAACUCUCCGAAACAGUUGACCCUGCACCCUAACUUCCUGUAUCCCUCCUUGUCUUGCAUGGCAAGGUGCUUCCUGAAAAUCCAUAUUCACGGUCCUCUGACAUUUCUUUGGAAUCAUGGUGGGUAAAGUCAUUGCAAGUUUUGCACAGGCACCACAGCUGAUGAAGCACACACAGCCAAAGGAAGGGAACUGAAGCACCCACUCUGCCCACACUCCCUAAGGAGUGUGCUGACAACAAUAUUCAUGUGUUGCGUUUCGCCAGACGGACUUGACACUCGGCUUGUUUGGACUCUGAACUGUUUUAAGUACAGCGGAGAUAACAGAUGGGUGUGGAAAGGGUGGAAUCGAAAGGACAAAAACGUUUGACCCCUCGUCCUUCAUGUUUUAAAACAAUGUGCACAAUACCCACUGGAAGUGCAUCUUAACUGUCUCGCUCCCGCUGUCUCAAAGUGUGCCUCAAAACUGCGGGAAGAUUGUAUUUUUAGGAGUUUUCUUUUUCUGUUGCCAUUUAAGAAUUUAUCUUGAGACAUCUAUGUGCCAGACUACUUUACUAGUCCACAGAGAAAACUUAUAUUGGGCAAAUAAUGAUGAAAGAGAAGGAUUGAUCGGAGAAAACGACACUCUGAGCCUUUUGGUCCGCUGUUUGAAUCUCAGACCAUUUGGACCAUUGAACACUGGAAUGUUUCUACAGAAAGGUUUAUAUCAGAAAUUUCAAAUAGUCUUCUAAUUAACUAAACACUGUAUUUUUUAGGUUUUCUCAUUUUGAAAUGACAAUGUGCAUUUUUUUUUUCCUUUCAAAAAUUUCAAAUCAAGAGCAUUACUGGACAAAUUGUUAUCACCUGUGAGUAUAUCACUUGUCAACUAAAAGGAUGUCAGGGUCUUAAAACAGCGUCCCACUCAUGCUACCAACCAUGGCGAAAGAACUCACCGAAGAAUAACUGAUGCUUUUAACAAGUUAGGACCAAAACAAAAAGCAAAAUUCAGUAAUUUCAUUGUUCAUACUGUGUUUUUAAUGACCUGUUUCUGAACUGAAUGUGAAAAUAAGUGUCUUUGUUUUUAUAUGAGCAGGUGUGGGCGGAGUCUGGCGCCUGUGUGGGUGGGGUUUAUCAGUAGGGACAUUACACUGCGAUGCAAAGCUACUUCCUUGUUUUCGACAUUAGGUGCUCCUCAGCAUCUGCAUCCGUGUUUGAUUUUUGUGCAAUAUCCGAGUAUAUGAACCAUAUCCUAUUAUUAUAUAAAACCUUAGGCCCAGGCCUAAGCCUAUAAUGGUUUUUCUCUGUUGGUUUUUGUGUGAUGCAGCUGUAUUUUGCACCACUAGCCUUCAAAAGUCUCAGACACUGGAUAUUGUCAAAUGUACAGGCUUUAAUUGUUUUGCUGGUUUUUGUUUUCAUAGGAGUUUUAUUAAAGUUAUUUUCCACCGUG